UUUUUUCGCUGGCACGUAACAAUUGAAGUACUGCACUAUUCAUCUUUUAUUUUUAGUCAGGCAGAUACCACGUGCCCCGGUGCUUCAAAACCACAUUGGCCACGCCCAUAUCAUGUGAUCGACAAGCGUCCAGCCAAUCGGGGAGUGGCUGCUAACAGCGAGUUCCAACUGCCCCCCCCCCGCCCCCCCCGAUCAGCAGGUGAUCAUGUGUAGUAGAGUUCUCGCAAGUGGACCAGCACCAGACUGACUCGAGGCCGCCGACCGGAUACGUGUUUGGGUUUUUUGAAGUUGUCUGUUUCCGGGUUCUACCAUGGCGCCGUCUAUCUCUCGACUGUGCCGCAGUGUGGCUCUCUCGACGUGGCUCGUCUCCUCCCUGUGCUCCGUACACCUGUUGUGCUUGGACUUCACCGUCGCCGAGAAGGAGGAGUGGUAUACGGCCUUCGUCAACAUCACCUACCUGGACCCGCUUACCGCGAGGCCGCGGAGCGACAAGAGCGAAUGCGGCCGCUACGGCGAGCACUCGCCCAAGAGGGAAGCCCGGGGGCUGGUCCUGGCGCCGUCUCUGCCGCAGGAGCGACAGAUGUGCGAGCCGGCCGCCCGCUUUCCGCCGGCGUCGCGCUCCGCCGCCGCGUGGGUGGCGCUGGUGGCCGCGGGGAACUGCACUUACCGUGAGAAGAUCCGGAACGCGGCCGACCACAACGCCUCGGCCGUGGUCGUGUACAAUGUGGGCUCCAGUGGUACCAACGACACCAUCACCAUGCCCCACUCUGGUAUAGGCGACAUAGUGGCCAUCAUGAUCCCGGAGCAUAAAGGUCGGGAGAUCAUGGCACUGCUGGAGCAGAACGUCGCAGUCACAUUGCACAUCACUGUAGGGACGCGCAACCUGCAGAAGUAUGUGAGCAGAACAUCGGUCGUGUUUGUCUCCAUCUCCUUCAUCAUUCUCAUGAUAAUCUCCCUCGCCUGGCUUGUCUUCUACUAUAUCCAGAGAUUCCGCUAUGCUAAUGUCCGAGACCGCAACCAGAGACGCUUGGGGGACGCUGCCAAAAAAGCCAUCAGCAAGCUUCCAGUACGCACCAUUAAGAAAGGAGACAAGGAGACUGAGCGUGACUUUGACAGCUGUGCCGUGUGCAUCGAGGCCUACAAGCCUAAUGAUGUUGUCAGGGUGUUACCGUGCAGGCAUGUGUUCCAUAAGCACUGCGUGGACCCCUGGCUACAUGAUCACCAGACGUGUCCCAUGUGUAAAAUGAAUAUACUCAAAGCCUUGGGAAUCUCUCUCAAUGCAGACUGCUCCGACGAGUCGCCGCCAGACUACGAGAUGUCGCUGGGGGGUCCGUCCGCCAGCGAAAUCACCGUCAACGAAAGCUCCGUGGCCGAGAGGCCGACGGAUCCGACCCGGCUCAGUCCGAACGUGGAGUUGGCGCCGCAGGCGGAGGAGAACUACAUCAUUUCCAGCAGUGAGCACCAGUUGCCACUCAGCAGUGAUUCUGAUUCUUCACUUAACUUGGUAAGCGGGUCGCAAGUGGACCGUGUCGGAUCCAGAACCGGCGUGGGAGAGAGUAUUCGGGAAAAGGAGGACGAGCAGGACCCAGGCCGAAGCACAUGAUUCUGAGGACCAAUGUUUUGCCACGUCAAGACGCUCCAAAAAUAUCACGCUCUGUCUCCAUCUGCUUGAUAGCUUUGUGCAUCUAUGGACAUUGUCCAUAUCGAGACACCCAGACAUCACCCACACUUUUUUGUCACACCUGCUGGGUAUGUGGUUGUUUCAACACGCACACGUUUGUAACCCGGGAAAGGGUUAGCACCCACUUGUUUCAUUGCACGACGAGCGGUACGCUACGCCAUCAAUACCCACACUUUUCAUCACACCCGCGGGGCGUAUGGUUGUUUCAACACCCACACUUUUCCCGGUGAAAGCUUUGCAGUAAAGACUGUGGAGAUUGUUGCCUUUCCGAGCCACUAAAAAGACGAGAACGGACUCUUCCCUCCGGUAUGAAGCGUUUAAUGAUCCAGAAAUAUGUUCUGUUCAGAUCACUGACAGUUUUUUUUAUAUAUAUUUGGAUUGGCUCCCCAUCUCGCCUACGCAUGCCGACUCAUCCUCUCGUACAGACAAUUGUCAUUUUUCGCACAAGUGAUGUCAACCUUGAGGGUCAGCAGGAGAAACCACUCCACACGGCAGUCGGACCUCGCAAACAUGUCGUCUUCAAGUCCUCGCCAAGUGUAUCCGUCGUGCUCUCAAGGGAAAUAUAAGGGGACCAAUCAAAGGAUGCCCUCCGUAACAACACUGUUUACUGUUGCCAAGUAGAAAAUGCUGCAUCAAAUAUGGACGAUCUAUCAGUCCAAAUGUGGGUAUUGAUAUUUAGAUAUGUUCUUUCAUAUGGGUCGGAUGUGUUUAUAGUCAACUGCAGAGAGUAGCAGGAAUAUUUAGGACCUGAGUAUCUGGUGCGAAGGAUCUCUCGAAAUUACUUACUUUGCCGCAUGAAAUUUGGUAGGCACGUCUAUGAUGGGUAGACUCACUAAAAAGUCAAGAACCCAUGCCGUAACACAAACAGGAAGUCUGCAAUUUUGGUUUGAAGUGACCAUUUUAGGGUCCUCUUGGCCAUUUUCGGGCAUCCUUAAAAGAUGGACUUAUGGUCCGAGAGAUUUUGAAUUAAACCUUUUAAAAUUGCUUAGAACUGCUUAUAUUAAUAGUUUGACCCAUAAGUAUGAUCUCAAAACAAUUUACUGGAAUUUCAGAACUCAUCUUGCUACGUUACCUAAAAUUAAAUGGCUUGCAGAUGAUUUGAUUUGGGGGGAAAAAAAUGAAUCGGAACUGCGACGGCCGUGCAUGUCGUCACAUUGAAACCCAUAAAAUAAAUAAUUAUUGCUUUCCUAUGCGCCGUUUUACUACGUCUUUUGUUGAGCGCUGAAUGUACCUUAUUUCCAGCAGGUAGCUAUUACUUAACCUUACCGUUACCAACAUUGAACCAUACCUUUCUCUGCAUUCACCUUGAAAAGUUAACCACCCUGCUUUCUUCAGCGCAAACUCCACCAGCAGCCUUGCCUGUCUGUCACCUGACCUCUACUGGAAUGUUCCACCACAUUGCAGUUCUAUGCCAAGCCAGCUGUGACGAACACUAGCCACUCCUCCAUUAACAUGGCGCCUUAGAAGUAGCAGGGCCUUUUAGCGGGUUCUUGUAGCAAUUAGAGAAUGAGCACAAAAAGGUGCAAAAUGUGCAUUUUUCAACAAAUAGUUUAAAUCAAGCUCUACAGAAAAAAAUGUAAGUUGGUGAGGUUGAGAAUAUCGCUCAGUAUGAUUUCUGCUCACCAGAGGCUUAGCUAGAUUGUAUUUGUUUACCCUGACGUGAGCGAGUGAUACCAAUGCAUAUAAAUGCUUUGGUUCAAUCUUGUUUCAUCCUGUGACCAAGGAACUCUGUUGAAGUGAGGAAAGGCGCUUCAUUUCGUCCGCCACAGCAUUAUUUAAUACAGCGGUGCCUUGAGAUACAAGUUUAAUUUGUUUGCUCGUAAAGCAACUCACUCUUCUCUCAAAUCAUCUGUCCUCAUUGAAAUGAAUGGAGAUGGCAUUAAUCUGUUCCAGCCGUGAGGAAAGUAGCACUUUAUAAUAUUAUACUUUAUAAAAAGAUGUAAUGACAUAAAAUGAAUUACAAUGAAUUAAACAGUUUUUGUCACA